AUGUCCUCGCGACUCCCCGAUCGGUCGGGCUUGAGGCGCAGCCGAUCACGAUCCCCAUCAUCCUGGCGUCAGCCCCAGAAGCAUCCCCGCAACGACGAUAGAGAAUGGCGCGACCGACAGGACGACCGGAGACCCCAGCAGCCUCGCAAUAUACGCGACCAAGUGCGGCUUAACCAGCUUCAAGAGGAUGAGCAAGCGCGGGAGUGGGUUUCGCAGGAGGAUGUUUUCGUGCUGAAGCAGGCCAAGAAGAAGGCUGAGAUCCGAGUGAAGGAAGGACGCGCAAAGCCAAUCGACUGGCUGACGGUGACUUUGCGCGUGAUCGAUCCCACACGCAACCCUCUGGACGAUGAAAUCGCGGAUUCCGAGCUCGAUGUGGUGGACCCGGAUGGUGUCUUCGAGGGACUGUCGCAGUCCCAGCUGCAGGAUCUGGAGAGCGAGAUCGAAACUUUUGUUAGCUUGGAGACAAAUCCGCAAAACCGGGACUUUUGGCAGACCAUGAAGAUCAUCUGUCGAGACCGCCAGAAAACCUCUGCACCUGAAGGCCGCGCCCUUAGCUCCGUCGCCGCUGAUAUCAACAGACUCUUGGGCCCGAAAACAUACGAACAACUUCAGACUCUGGAGGUCCAGGUCAAGAGAAAACUGAGUUCCAACGAGCCUAUUGAUACGGACUAUUGGGAGGAGCUACUGCGCAGCUUGACGGUGUGGAAAGCGCGCGCGAGGCUACGCAAUGUCUACCAGGCCGUUAUCGAUGAACGAGUUGGUGAUCUCAGAAAGCAACAAAGAGAAGAGGCGGAGGCGAUCCGGGAAAAGUUGGCUCCUCUGGCACCGCUUAUUACUGGUGAUGAGCAGCAGCUCAAUUCUAUAGACUCUGGGGAGCUCAAGGGGCUAGACCCCGAUCCUUUGCUUCAGGUUCGACCUGAAGAUAAAGGGUUGGAGAUUAUGGACGAGUCCGCAUUUCUUCGUCAAGUUGCUCGCGAGCGCCAGAAGAUCCUCCGUAUGGGCUACGUUCCUCUGCGACAGCGAGCAGCCGAAAAACCAACCACGGCCAUUAUCAACUCAGCCUCAAGCAGCUCCGCUACUCCGGCCGUGUCCAGUCGAUUCUCUUCUCUGCCUAACGAUGACUUCUCACAGGCGACCAAGGCAUUGUAUGAAAGAGAAUUAGCCAAGGGCGUCAGCGAGAACGAAGAGAUCUUUACCGGCGAGGAGGCCGUGAGCACGCCUUCGCAAGCCCAGUGGGCUAGCAAAUAUCGCCCCCGUAAACCGCGGUACUUCAAUCGGGUGCAAAUGGGCUACGAAUGGAACAAGUACAACCAGACCCACUACGAUCAUGAUAACCCACCGCCGAAGGUCGUGCAGGGUUACAAGUUCAACAUCUUCUAUCCCGAUCUGAUUGAUAAGACCAAGGCCCCUACGUAUCGCAUCGAGCGAGAAGGCGGUCGCAAGCGUGGACAGUCCUUUGCCGCCGCCGGGGAAGAGGAUACCUGUCUGAUUCGGUUUAUGGCAGGGGCACCGUACGAGGACAUUGCCUUCCGGAUUGUCGACAAGGAAUGGGACUAUAGUGCGAAGCGUGAGCGCGGAUUCAAGAGCACAUUCGACAAGGGAAUUCUGCAGCUCCACUUCCAAUUCAAGAGGAUCUAUUACCGGAAGUAA